AUGUUCUGGUCGUCUAAUCCCUUCAUCAACAAUGCUGAUAUCACCAACACCAUGAAAUGCAACAGGUUCCAGAAGCUGGUGCAGUACUUCCAUGUUGCGGACUGGUCGACUGAGCCAGGAAGGGGAGAGCCAGGAUACGACAAACUCUUCAAGUUGCGACCUGUCAUGGAGAGCGUCAGCCGGACAUUACAGGACAUCUACACGCUCAACAAGGAGGUCUCCAUUGACGAGGCCAUGAUUGCGUUUACCGGCCGCCUCAGCUUUAGACAGUAUAUGCCCGCCAAGCCGAUCAAGAGGGAACACGGACUUGGCGACAAGGUUGUGAUGAGGCUAGUGGACCACAUCUUCCACUCCUCCCGCUGGUUAUUCUUCAACAACUUCUUCACAGUUAUACCUCUCAUGAAGGAACUCCUGGAGAAGGGCUUCUACGCCUGCGGGACUGUCAGGGUCAACAGGAAGGGAUUCCCGAGCCAGUUAAAGAAACCAGCAGAGGUACGACAGCGCGGAGACUUCAAGAUCAUGCAGAUGGGCGACACCAACCUGACUACCACAGUAUGGAAGGACACGCGACUUGUUCACCACUUGGUCACGUUGAGGGACCCUACCAUCAUUUUACCUGUACAGCGACGAUGUGGAGUCAACGUCCUGCAGCUACAGUCGCCACACAGUGUGAACGUCUACAACAUGUAUAUGGGUGGUGUCGACCUGCAUGAUCAGUACCACGCUUAG